CCUAUUCGUCGUGUUGGGGCCUGGGGAAAGAACCCCUCGUCAAUCCAUUCGUGAAUGACUUUCUAAUUUUAUCUUCUCCAUACUCAUGUCGCAGCAAAGGCGCAAUACUUAGGGCCGACCUUUUUCCAUUGCAGGCCCGAACGCUAACGUGCGCAGCUCAUUGUCUUCCACAAUAUCCCUGAACAAAACCUCCUGUAUGAGCUCCCACACACAGGGUGCAGUAGAGGGGGCCUAUUACCCAUUGACAACAACUUAUUAAUUGAAAGAAACCUAUAGUGGGUGCGUUUUUCUUUUCAUUAAUUGGCGAUGGUGGUAUUUGAAUAUCUGGGUUUUGACGGGUAUCGGGAAUUUUUUCCAGCUUCAAUUUUGUUGUUCAAUGGUUGGAGGACGAAUCGUAUAUGAAACAUGAGUAUUGAUUUCUUGGUGGUAGAUGAAUGGACGGCGUUGGUUUGGGUGCCAGAUCGGUUCAAGGGCUGGACACUAAAUCUGGGCUAGGGCUGGAUAUGGAUUUAUUGACUGUGAAAUCUAGGGCUAAGAAGAUGCAUGGAGAGGAGAAGUCUGGGUUCAAGAAGAGACCCAAGAUGGUUGAUUCGAUUGAAGCCAGGGUUGAUUCAGAUGAUGAUGAACCGAUUGGGUCUCUAUUUAAACUGAAGAAGCCGCGAAACCCUACGAGGGUAACCGAUGGCAGCGGUGGCGGUGGCGGUAAGGCCUUGAAGGUUGAAGUUAAGGCAGAGAAACUGGUCCCUGGAGAUGGUGAUUUUGGGGGUAUGGAUGAUACACUGGCUAACUUUAGGAAGAAGUUAAGGGGUCCCAAGAAAGAUAGUGGAUCCAUAACAAUGACGGAACAGAGUUCUGUUUUGAACGAAUUAGAUCUGUCUGUUCAGUUUACUGAUGAGUCCAUAAUGGAGCGGGGUCAUGAUAUGAAAUCAAGCUCCAAGAACACAGUGAAAGGUCAGUCAACCAGGGACAAUGGGUUGGAUGUAAUGAAGAAAGAUAAAGGUUCAGAGUGUGGUUCAAAAAGGAAGUUUAGGAGAUCUAAGGUUGUGUCUGUGGCAAAAGAAAGUGGAAGUUGUGCCAAAUUUAAUGAUUUUCAAGACAGUCUGGGACCUGAGAGUACUCCAUCACAGAACCAGAGAGAGGAUGCAAAUGGUCUUGAUCGCUCUCUGGAUGAAAAUUUAGAAGACUCCUUAGCUGCUUUUGUUCAAAAGGCACAAUUUGGUUCGAUCAGGAAAACUCGUACCUCUUCUAGUUUAAAACAGAGAAGGAAAGCUCCAAUUUCAGAGGGGGGGCUGAGCCCGACCACUGGAAGUAUUUCUGAGGAUUUGCAGCUCGUGGCUGCAAGGGGGCGUCGAUCUGCUUCUGCUUUAAAACAGGCCCGCAAAAAAGCAAAACUGGAAUCUGACCUGCUUAUAGUGUCUGCUACACUUACAACAGAACCAGCUCGUCAUCAGAGGAGCCCGGAAGACACGAAGUCUGUUGAUGGUUCACAUGAAGCUUCUAAACGAAAGCAAGAGAAUGCAACACCUGUUGAGCCAUUUAAAGAGCCGUCUUUAGUUCUGAUGGAUAAAUAUGAUGCUGAGGCAUCCAGUGAUGAUAGGCGUGAUAAAUCUGUUGGCUCAAUUUUAGAGGAUCCAGUUCCUAAUUCCCAACUUUCAGAAUCUCAUCUUGGUUCAGUCACAUGUUCUAAGGAGACAAUAAAACUGAAAGAUGCCAUAUCUGAUAGGCAGGCCCAAGGGUGUGAAGAGGUACCAGCUGUGGAGCCUUGUGAAUCAGACCAAUAUUGCGACGGGGAUACUAGUGCUUGUGUACAAGUGAACGAAAGUUGUUCUCCACCUACCCAGAUAGUGAUAAUGGGAUCUCAUGAUUUCAAGGAUGGGUUAAAGCAUUGUUCAGUGGGGAAACCAAAUCAUAUGGUACAUGAUGACAUUGAAACGUCCAAUCCUCGUUAUAACUCAAAGCUGAUGGAAGAAACCCAUGGGUUGGUUAAAGUUGAGUUGUGUGGAGGGACUAGUGAUAUGGAUCAACAAUCCAAGCGUGUUUCAACAACAUGCCAUUCAAGUUUAGUGCAAAAAGUAUGCUCUGCUUCAUUUGAAAAUGAAAUUCAUGUGCCUGGUUUUGACGACAAUUUGUCAGACAGACCAAGUAAAAAUAAAUCUGAAGGCAGCCAUAAACAGCUUCCUGGAAAAAUUUUAGGUGCGUCCUCAAAAUUUUCCCCUCGAAACUCCUCUACAUGCCACGUGAAAUUGGAGGAUUUUUCAAAAUCUGCAUUUGAUUUACCAAAGAAGGAAGAAACUUGCAGUGAUGGUGAUAGUUUAAUUCAAUUUCCUGCUACUCAGAGGGAGAAAUCCGAUCUUGCUUCAGCUUCUUUGCAGGAGAACACCUUAGUAUCUAAUUGUGGGUUAUCUUCGCCUGAUAUGAUGUCUGGUGGUGCGGAUGAGUCUGAGCUUGCUGCUCACAAGGAACCGCAGGAGAAAUGUUCAGAGGCAGAUGAUAUUUCAAAUAAACUCUCUGAAAGAAUUAAUCCAAAUGAGCUUGUUGCCUCAGUUCCAAAGUGCAGCUCUGUUUUUCUUCGAAAUCAAUCUUCAGAUGGCACUUCCAAAGGGAAUAAUGGUCCGAAUCAUGAUUAUAAUUCUGUCAAUGAAGAGACUAAUGAUGCCUCUUCCCCAUCCAUCGCGCCUGAUGAAAAUGAAGGUUAUCCAGAAGAUGCAGCAUAUGUUCCUGAUCCUGAAAGCAAAAAUAAUAAGCUUUCAGUGGUUCAGCGUGCUGCGCGCAAAGCCAAAAAGCAUAGGCAUGUGGAUAUGGCUUAUGAGGGGGAUGCUGAUUGGGACAGUUUGAUACAUGUGCAAGGUUUUCUUGAAAGUCAUCCUGCUAUAGGCAUUGACCAGGCCUCUAGAAUGAGAGAAAAGUUUGACUACUCUUCAAAUAUGGUUGCAGAGGAUGAAAAUGGUGGGGUGGCAGCUGUCUCUGCAGGGCUGAAGGCUCGUGCUGUGGGUCCAGUAGAGAAGAUUAAAUUUAAGGAGAUCUUGAAGCGCAAAGGUGGGCUUCAAGACUAUUUGGAAUGCAGGAAUCAUAUCUUAGGUCUUUGGAGUAGAGAUGUUAGUCGUAUUUUGCUUCUUGUGGACUGCGGGGUCACUGAUAUUCCUGCUAAUGAUGAACCUCCACGUGCCUCAUUAACUAGGGAUAUCUAUGAGUUUCUUGAUCACCGUGGUUAUAUAAAUGCCGGGAUUGCUUCCAAGAAGAAGAAAGCAGAAUUUAAAACUACGCAUAAUUAUAGACUUUUAGAAGAGAGAAAUUUUGAUGGAAAUUGCGGGGUCCUUGCUGCUGAUUCAGAGGAUGGAGUUUCCUUUAUCCUUGGCCAAGUUAAGAGUACCGAAGCUGCGGAGGCAAAGAAUGAUGUUGUGUUUUACAAUGAGAUUCAGACAUCAGAACCUGGAAAAGUCAAGAAGCUCGCUACUUUGAGGAUGCCAGAAUUAACCUCCUUGACAGAACCUGACAAAUGCCUGGCUGAUACCCAAGAAUAUGGUUGCAUAAAUGGAAUAUUUCCCAGCAAGACUGGUGAUUUGGAUGUUUUUAUUUCUGAUCCAUCUUGCAAAAUAACAAAUGGUGCGACAGUCCCCCUUGGGAGUCCAGAGAUAAAGUUUGACUUGCACAGUGCUCAAUAUGCCUCAAAAGAUUAUUUGGGGAAUGAUGGCAUGCAGUGUGACUCUGAUGUCAAAAAGAAAAUUAUUGUGAUAGGGGCUGGUCCAGCUGGCUUGACUGCAGCGCGCCACUUGCAACGCCGGGGAUUUUCUGUCAUUGUACUUGAGGCUAGGAAUAGGAUAGGGGGUCGUGUUUACACUGACCGCUCAUCUCUUUCAGUUCCAGUUGAUCUUGGGGCUAGCAUUAUUACUGGUGUUGAGGCUGAUGCAGCCACUGAAAGAAGACCAGAUCCCUCCUCAUUAAUUUGUGCUCAAUUGGGCCUUGAAUUAACUGUGUUGAACAGUGACUGUCCUCUAUAUGAUAUUGCAACUGGUCAGAAAGUUCCUGCAGAUUUGGACGAGGCUUUGGAAGCAGAAUAUAACAGUCUCCUUGAUGACAUGGUAUUGCUUGUUGCACAAAAGGGGGAACAUGCAAUGAGAAUGUCGCUAGAAGAUGGUUUAGAAUAUGCCCUUAAGAGGCGGCGAAUUGCUCGAUCAGGAACCAAUUAUGAAGGAUCUGGAUUGCAUAAUUCAGUGAAUAAUUUCAUCGAUUCUGAAAAAGUUAUUGUUGGCAGCCAAACUCCUGAGAGUAGUAAAUCCAAAGAGGAAAUUUUAAGCCCUCUUGAGAGGAGGGUGAUGGAUUGGCAUUUUGCCAAUUUAGAGUAUGGAUGUGCUGCUUUGCUUCAGGAAGUAUCUCUUCCUUAUUGGAAUCAGGACGACAUUUAUGGAGGAUUUGGAGGAGCUCAUUGUAUGAUUAAAGGAGGGUAUAGCACAGUUGUUGAAUCUUUGGGAGCAGGACUUCACAUUCACUUGAACCACAUGGUUACUGAUGUUUCGUAUUGCACAAAGGGCUCUGGAAUGAUUGAUAACCAGAGUAAUAAAGUUAAAGUGUUUACAUCAAAUGGCAGUGAGUUUUCAGGAGACGCAGUCCUGAUCACAGUGCCACUUGGUUGCUUGAAAGCAGAAACCAUAAAGUUUUCCCCACCAUUACCCCAAUGGAAAAUUUCUUCUGUAGAGCGGCUUGGUUUUGGUGUUCUUAAUAAAGUAGUACUGGAGUUUCCAGAAGUGUUUUGGGAUAAUUCUGUGGAUUACUUUGGAGCAACUGCCGAGGAAACAAACCGCAGGGGCCAGUGCUUUAUGUUCUGGAAUGUCAAGAAAACAGUUGGUGCUCCUGUUCUUAUUGCCUUGGUGGUUGGUAAGGCAGCCAUAGAAGGCCAAAAUAUGAGCACUGCUGAUCAUGUAAAUCAUGCUGUAAUGGUUCUUCGGAAACUUUUUGGGGAGGCUUCAGUACCUGAUCCAGUUGCAUCAGUAGUUACUGAUUGGGGUAGGGAUCCAUUCAGCUAUGGUGCUUACUCCUAUGUUGCUGUGGGAGCAUCUGGGGAAGAUUAUGAUAUAUUGGGUCAGCCAGUUGAGAACUGUUUGUUCUUUGCUGGUGAGGCUACCUGCAAGGAGCAUCCUGACACUGUUGGUGGUGCAAUGAUGAGUGGACUUCGGGAGGCAGUGCGUAUAAUUGACAUAUUGAGCACUGGGAAUGAUUAUACAGCAGAAGUAGAAGCAAUGGAGGCUGCUCAGAGACAUUCAGAUAGUGAAAGGAAUGAAGUUAGGGACAUAAUGAAGAGACUGGAUGCGGUUGAGCUUUCCAAUGUCUUGUACAAAAGCUCUCUGGAUGGGGAUCAGAUUAUGACCAGAGAAGCAUUAUUACAGGACAUGUUCUGUAAUGCAAAAACCACUGCGGGCCGGUUGCAUCUGGCUAAAGAGUUGUUGAGUCUUCCUGUUGAAGUUCUGAAAUCCUUUGCUGGCACCAAAAAGGGGCUUAGCAUUCUGAAUUCAUGGAUACUGGAUUCAAUGGGAAAGGAUGGGACUCAAUUAUUGCGUCAUUGUGUUCGUAUUCUUGUGCUCGUGUCAACUGAUCUACUUGCAGUCCGUUUGUCAGGUAUUGGAAAAACUGUAAAAGAGAAGGUUUGUGUGCAUACUAGUCGUGAUAUACGUGCUAUAGCUAGCCAGCUCGUUAGCAUGUGGAUUGAAGUCUUCCGCAAGGAAAAAGCUGCAAAUGGUGGACGUAAGUUGCUGAAACAAGCAGCUGCUGUCGAUUCUUCAAAGAGCAAACCUGUUAGAGAUGCAGCUUCAGGAAAGCCACCACUACACAUGCAUCAUGGUGCACCAGAAAAUAAAAUCAGUCAUCAAGUGCCUGUGCCUGGUGGGAACGGUUCGCCUUCCAAUGCAAACUAUAAGAAAGUCAACGGAAAGCCAAUCAAGAUUGAAACUGUGGCUGAGUCGAAAUCUAUGACUAAUUCAUCUAGGUCCCAAGGUUCUGCUGGCAGAAUAGACCCUGAGGGGGAGGCGGAGAGGAGUUUUGAUUUGUCCGAAGAGGAGAAGGCUGCUUUUGCUGCUGCAGAAGCUGCACGUGCUGCAGCUCUUGCUGCUGCUGAGGCAUAUGCAUCUUCAGAAGCCAGGUGCAACACAUUGCUGCAGCUUCCGAAGAUUCCCUCAUUCCAUAAAUUUGCUAGGCGGGAACAAUAUGCCCAAAUGGAUGAGUCUGAAGUUAGAAGGAAGUGGCCUGGUGGUGUUUUGGGCAGGCAAGAUUGUUUGUCAGAAAUAGACUCACGGAACUGCAGAGUUAGGAACUGGUCUGUUGAUUUCUCUGCUGCUUGUGUCAACCUUGAUAGUUCAAGAACGUCUGCUGAUAAUCUAUCACAUGGGAGCCAUUCAAAUGAGAUUGCAUGCCAGCUAAACUUAAGAGAGCACUCUGGUGAAAGCACUGCUGUAGACAGCAGUGCAUUUACAAAAGCAUGGGUUGAUACAGCUGGUUGCAUAGGAAUGAAGGAUUAUCAUGCCAUCGAGAGAUGGCAAUCUCAAGCAAUGGCAGUUGAUCCUGAUUUGUUCGAUUCAACUCUGCAUAUAAGGGAUGAGGAAGAUUCUACUACAGUUUCAAAACCGUCCACCUGGAAGCAUCAUCAUCGAAUCACCAAUGAGAGCUCUGUUUCACAUGUUUCAAUCAAUAAGGAUUCAGAUGACAACCACUCUAGAGGAGCUGAGCGUAUAAAGCAGGCUGUUGUGGAUUAUGUUGCAUCAUUGCUCAUGCCCCUCUAUAAAGCGAAGAAAAUUGAUAAGGAAGGGUAUAAGUCAAUAAUGAAGAAAACUGCAACCAAGGUUAUGGAGCAGACAACAGAGGUAGAGAAGACCAUGUAUGUUUCAGAGUUUCUCGAUUUCAAGCGCAAGAAUAAGAUUCGAGCAUUUGUGGACAAGUUGAUUGAAAGGCACAUGACAAUGAAGCCAGAUGUGAAGCCUGAUGGUCCCAAGGUUUAAAUGGACUGAUAAAUGUUUUUUGAUGGCUUUCUGUACCAGACCGAAACGAAGCCUGUUCCAUUCUUCCCCCUUAUGAGUUCAUGACAAUUGUUGGACGUGGCGGGAAUCCAAAAGCUGUACCAUUGUAUUGACUUUCUGUGUGAAGGCUUGAUACACACUGCCUGUAAUGCUGUCAGUGAUCACAAAGGUGGAGUGGAGGAAAGGAAAUGAUUCUUUUUGCAUAAUCAUACAUUUGAUCAUUGUUGGUGAGCCUCACUAUAAGUUAUAAAAAAUGAUGGGAGGCUUACUUGCCAUGUUACUUAGCUACGACAGCAUUUUUGGGUGUGGCAAGGCCUCCAUUUUCUGGGCGUGGCAGAGUCCUUGAUUGCUGCAGCAUAGUAGAUGACAUUGGAUCACAUGGAGCACAGUUGGUUCUUCAUCCAUCAACAUUGUACCUUCAAGGGUAGAAAGUUAAAACCCCACACUUUUUUCUAGGGAAUCCCAUGGAUGAGACACAUGUUUUGACCUCUUCAUUUUGUUAUUAAUUCUGUACAGCUUAGGAUUGUUUCACCAUUGACAAGCAUACAUAUAUUUCUCUCCCCUAAUUGAAUAUCUUCCCAAUUUCCCAAGUUGCACAUCAAA